UGUUUUCGCGAAGCUGCAGCCCUGGCUAACAACCAAAACUAAAUCGCCAGCCAGAAAAACAAAGCCGUGCGAAAAGUGUUGAAGAAUAAAAGUUAGCCACAAAACGGUUUACAAUACGUGUAAAAAGUAAUCAGUCAAUAAUAUUUAAACUGCUGAAAGCUUCAUUGAAUUACUAUUAGCCAAGUCAAGUUAAUUGAGCCGCAACAUGUCGGAUAAAUACGAAGGCAAUGGCGAUUACUCGGCGUACAAUGAAGACGACAAUAACGACUACAACGGAGGAGGGGGUGGCGGAGUCAGUAAGCCGCGCAAAAAUGCAGGCGUUGGUGGCGGUGGCAAUGCCCACAAUGGCGACAACGGAGUACACGAUCAUCAUGGCGGCCCGGAGGGUGGUGGUGGCAAUAUGCCGCUUAAUGAAAAGGCCAAUGAAUACAUAAGGGACUGCAUGGCAGAAAAGCACCGCAUGGACAGAAAGUUUCCCAUAGCUGAAAAGCUGUUAGAGGGUGAGAUUGAGAAAGUGCAAAGCACUGGACGCAUACCCUCGCGCGAGCAAAAAUAUGCAGACAUCUAUCGCGAGAAGCCCUUGCGCAUCUCACAGCGUGUGUUGGUGCCCAUACGCGAGCAUCCCAAGUUUAACUUUGUGGGCAAACUGUUGGGACCCAAGGGCAACUCAUUACGUCGCCUGCAGGAGGAUACACUCUGCAAGAUGACUGUGCUAGGCCGCAAUUCCAUGCGAGAUCGUGCCAAGGAGGAAGAGCUGCGCUGCUCUAAAGAUCCCAAAUAUGCGCAUCUAAACACUGAUCUUCAUGUAGAGAUUUCUACAAUUGCGCCGCCUGCAGAGGCUUAUGCGCGCAUUGCCUACGCCAUGGCCGAGCUGCGCAAAUAUCUCAUACCAGAUAGCAAUGAUAUUAUACGCCAGGAGCAGCUGCGUGAGCUAAUGGACAACACCAGUCUCAAUGAGAAUGACUGCAAUAUUAAUGGAAAGAAUGUCUACAAGAAAAUACCACACAUGCAGAACUCAAAUGCCAAUAAUAUGACCGGUUCAUCGGCGAAUAACUCUAACACUGGUAUGGGCAAGAACACAGCGCAUCAUGGUUACAGAGGCUCACAGCAGUCGUCGUUCAGCAAAAAUGUGCUUGUGCCAAAGCAAAAGGUCAUGUCCAUACUAGAGAAAGCUAGAACUGCUAUGGAUGAAACCUACGGCCGUGGUUAUGAUGACGGAAUGGGCUAUGAUCCACAUCAGCCCUAUGAAGCUUACAGCUAUGCUUCGCACGGCGGCACGCAUGGACAUGGACCACCUGGCAACAUUUUGGGCAGCGUAGCCAAUAUGAGCGGUGCUAGCGGCGGCGGUGUGCGCGGUGGUCACUAUGAAUCUAACGAAUAUGAGGCAGACUACUCAAGACGUGAUUACUACCAGCAUUCACCUGGCUAUGCAGCUGGUAACGGUGGUGUGCAAACGAAUCAAAAUAACUCUGGCGGUCUAAAUUCGAAUCACAAUCGCAGCCAUGUUAAUAGGUGAAAUUUGCAGACCUGCAGUACAACAACAAAUCCUAUACCAAAUACUCACAAUCUCAAUACACAAGCCCAAGUCGUAAAUAGCAGCAACUACUUUAAGCCGGACCAUGGCAUAAAUGAGUGCAUCCAUGGCCGUACUAAAAACAAUUUGUACAAAUCACAGCAGCCUUCAAGCAGCAACAAUAACAACAAUUACCAAGCCCACAACAGCCACAACAACAACAACAAUCACAGCCA